AUGGAUGCUAGGGACUGUGAGGCAGCCUCGGAGCCCGGGCCCCCUGCCUGUGCCUGCGUGGCCUCCUGGUGGGAUAUGGUCCUGAGGAACCUGAGAUCUUUCCCUCACGCCUGCUCGGCACUUGUGAGAAACAUUGCUGAUGGACACCGAAGCUUCACGAGGAAAUCUUUCAAGGAACACGUUUUUCUUCCUCUGGUGAACAUGAUGAUUUAUUUCAAUGUUUAUAAAGCUCCCCUUCUUGUGGAUUUAAAGAAGCCUGAGUCGACGAUCGCUCACACAGUGAACUUCUUCGUCAGGCCUGAGCCUGGGGUGCUGCUGGGCGUCUGGCACACGGUCCCCAGCUGCCGGGGAGAAGACGCCAAAGGGAAGGGUCGUUGCUGGUAUGAAGCUGCCCUUCAUGAUGGGAACCCAAUUAUUGUUUAUCUUCAUGGCAGUUCACAACACAGGGCAGCUCCUCACAGAGUCAAGCUGGCCGAGGUGCUGAGUGACGGGGGCUUUCAUGUCUUGUCUGUGGACUACAGAGGGUUCGGGGAUUCUACCGGGUCGCCCACUGAGGAGGGGCUAACCACAGACGCUAUCUGUGUCUACGAAUGGACCAAGGCAAGAAGUGGCGGGACCCCCGUGUGUCUGUGGGGCCACUCUCUGGGCACAGGAGUUGCAACAAAUGCUGCGAGAGCCUUGGAGGCGAAAGGAUGUCCCGUUGAUGCCAUUGUCUUAGAAGCUCCAUUUACCAACAUGUUGGUGGCGAGUAUCAACUAUCCCUUGUUAAAGGCGAGGUGGAAGCUACCAAGAUGUUUAAGCAUACUUACGAAUGCCCUUAAAGAAGACAAAAUAGUCUUCCCUAGUGAUGAAAAUGUGAAGUUCCUGUCCUCCCCGCUUCUCAUCUUGCAUGGAGAAGAUGACAGGACGGUGCCUCUGGAGUACGGAAAGCAGCUCUACGAAAUUGCACGCAGUGCCUACAGGAACAAAGACAGGGUCAAAAUGGUUGUCUUCCCUCCAGGCUUCCACCACAACCUUCUCUGUAAAAGCCCCAUGCUGCUGAGAAGUGUGAGAGACUUCCUGAGCCAGCAGUGGGCAUGA